AUGGUCGCUAUCUCGAUGAUUUGGUUUUUCACCAAACGUAUGCCCAGAAUAUUUGCAUUAAUCUUCAAUUUAAUUUCGAUCUUUCUUUUGAUAUUUCUUCUGAUCGGCUGCUACAAUCCAUCAAAUCAAUCAACCUUCUUAGUCAAAUAUAAAUUUGAUGACAAUUCACCCUUUUAUUCUAUCAUAGAAAAGUCAUAUGAAAACUCAAAUAUAACUUUGGGUCUGGAGGAAGUCAUUAUAAGAUCCGGCUACAUGGGUGUUUGUAUUGAUAAUAUUCCUUCUCAAUAUAGCAUAUACAAUAAUAUGACUACAUCGUCCAAUAGAAUCUGUUAUCCAAGGAAGGAUUUAAGCUCCGUUCCCCUGUAUAAAGAUUUGGAAAUUCAACUUUCCAAUAUUGCGUCUUCCAAUUCUAAAGCUCAGUCAAGCGUUAUCCUAAACAUUUUGAAAUUAGCUCAAUUAACAUCAGUUAACGUCGUACAUCCCUACGUUCUGAUGGCAACCAUAAUAUUGACAAUUUUAAUGUUCUUACUGAUCCUAUACGUAACCAUUCCUAAGAUACCAUUUAAACUGGUAAUUAAUAAGUUUCUUUUACUGUUAAGUCCAACUUUAGUUUUGACGUGGGGAAUCGGUGCCAUGUGGACACAUGUGGGUAUAAAUGCAAGUCAUAGAUUGGUUCCGUCGUCAAGUAUGAAUAUACUUGCUGUGAAGAAGGGUAAGAAAGCAGCAACAAUGGCAUGGUUUGGUUUUGCAUUCAUACUUCUAGAUAGCGUGAUUUUAUGGCUGAUAUAUUUGAGAGAUAGAAAAAGCUUGAAAGAAGAAAUCGAUAAUGUUCCAUGUAGACAGAAUAGAUAUAACAACUAUUCUUCGGAUUCGUCCACACUACACUCCAAAGUAUAG